UGAGGUCUCUUGUUUAAUCGUAUUUUCAAAAAAAAAAAAAAUUCGAUCUGCUCUUAUGAAUGAGUUUCAGAGGUUGAUUUGAGGAAACCCUGAUUUGGCGAAUCAAUUUUUUUUAUAAACGUUGUUUGUUAACUGCGAUUCACGUCUCUCUCCGAAAUUAGGGUUUUGGGUUCAGUUGAAUCAAACGCUGUAAAAUUUUGAGAAUGUCUGACGUGGUGAUGAAGGAAGAAGACUGUGACACCUCGAGUGUUAAGAAACUCGAUGUUGUUCUACCAAGUUACAAGCCGUUUAAUGGAUAUACAUCACCCUUGCACUUUAUUUUACCACCGUACCAAGAGUUUCAUGGAUCAUCAAACACUGUUGGAGUUGGAGUUUGUGAACCUCUCAUUGAGGAGGCUGAGGCAGAGCUCGAAAACUGGCACCUUCCUCCUAGUUCUGAAGAGGAGGAUAUUAUUGAUGCUGUUCUACCGAUGGAUUUUAUGAUGUCACCACUACCAGAUGUGGACUAUUCCGAAUAUGCUCAGUUGAGUCCUCCUCCUGAAGUAACUUAUUCUCCCCCUUCUCCUGGCGGUCACUUGUUUUUGCCUUACGAGAGUCUUAAGGAUGCUUUGCACGCGGAGCCUCUGCUCUGCGCCAAAAUUGGAAUUCAUUGCUACAAUCUCGAAAACGGGACUAACUUUGAACGUUUGUGUGUGCCUAAAGUAGCUGAGCACACCGGAGUGUUGUUAUUAGAUGCAUAUGAUCUAGACAGAGGUUGCUCUUGCAAGUUUGAAAUAAAAGCUUGGUAUCCCACUGAGAAUAAAGACUGCUUCCAUGUUAUCACAUCCCGCUGCAGACCCUUGCCCCCACCUACUCCAGAGGAGGAGGAAAAGGAAGAAAGUGGAUUUGACACCCUUUCCGUGGAUGAGCUAUUCAAAGGCAACAUGCCCGAUUGGUUGCCUGGUGACAGUAAGCUGCAAUACUAUGAGAUGAAAGAAUCAGAGGUGGAACAAGCCAAAGAAUGGCUUCAGCUUUACGCUGAACUAGCCUGGUACUCCAAGAUGCAGACGGACCCGUACAUGUUUGAGUAUGGAAAGCCAUUUGAGCUGCAUAAGAUAACUGUUCAAACCAAACAAGUUGUUGACUCAAUGAAAAACUUGAAGCUUGAUAAUGCAGUCUUCUACAUUAGCUUCACAACAAGGUGCGGUGUUGUCUGCAAAGGUAUCAUCAGGAGAACAAGGGAUGGGAGGCCCGAGAAUUUAUCCCUUGAGGCCAAGUGUUUCAUGUGAUUGUUGGUGACGUAUUUCUUCACGCGUGAGACUAUGGGGAGAUCGUUAGAAGAGAACGGGGAGGACGAGAUUGAUACCAUUUCAGCACCAAGAUCAUUGUCUGCUAGUGAGUUACGUCCAAGACAAUAGUGAUUUGGUUUUUGAUAUUUGAAAUCACAUUCUCUAAACUCUUGUUGGCUUUUGAUGUUUGAUACUCACAUCCGCAUGUUUACUCCAAUAUUUUCUUCUUUUUCAUUUUUUUAAA